CAGUAUAUAAACAGCAAUGUUGUGUUCACUGCCACAUCAGGCUGAAAAGAUUACUACAACAUCCAAGAGACAAGAAGAGACAAACACGCAUCACAUCCUAAGGAGCUAUGGCAGAUGAAAGCUUUAAGGCAAGAUUCCUCGCUAAACACAACGAGUACAGAAAGAAACAUGGAGUCCCAGCUGUAAGCAUGAGUGAAGACUUAUGCACUUCUGCACAAGCUUGGGCUGAUCAUUUACUGUCCAUUAAAACCUUGCAGCACAGUGACACCAACAAGGGAGAAAAUAUCUAUUAUUUCCAGAGUUCUGCACCAAAGAAACUUACAGGAGACGAGCCUGUGGACAGCUGGUACAGUGAAAUUAAAGACUACAAUUUCAGUAAUCCUGGAUUUGUCUCCAACACAGGACACUUCACCCAGGUUGUAUGGAAAUCAACCAAAGAAGUUGGAGUGGGUUUAGCCACUGAUGGAAAAACUGUCUUUGUGGUUGGUCAAUACGAACCUGCUGGAAACAUUUCCAAUGAAGGAUACUUUAAGGACAAUGUUUUGCCUGCAGGGAAGUAAGACUCCUUACUGUCAUCUGGUGAUACAUCUAAACCCAUAUAGAUAUGGAUUCGAUGUGAAUUUUGAUUAAGCAUUUUAGAUUUCAAAGAAGCAUUUGCAAUUUGUUACAAUAAAAUGACUUCUCAUUUUUGAAAGCAUCAUAGGAAUAUAACUUGUAAUUGUGACUUGAUUGAUGUGUUAUAUAAAUAAAAAAAAUAAACCAUACAAAAGUAAUCGGAUCAAUAAA